UCUUCCUCCCCUCUCCAUCCCAACCAGACUCUCGACCACAUUCGCUCGUUGCUGUUGCUAUUGCUGUAAGUACCUCACCUGAACUCCCAUGCCCAAUCGCUCGCCGCCUACUUCCCCUCCAACCCUUCUUCACCCUACCGCCGAUCACCGCAACCGCACUCUAUCUGCCCCAACCAAGCAGAUUGCAGUUCUGAUCUUGCUUCCGAAGCACCUCACUUUGCCUCUCUCUGCCAUUUUCGCAGUCUUGGUACCUCCCCCGCCCUCCCCCCAGCUCUCCUUCACCGCGGGAGUACCUUGCUUUCCCUCCGCCGACCUGCCUCAUUCCGCACCUUGCUUUAUUUUUUUCUCUCCCAAAUCACAUGGAGAAGCUCACAAAUUACGUCAGGCUACACAGAACACUUUGAGCUACCAGCAAUCUUUUCGCCGCAAAUCCUACGGCGAAUCCCCUGUCAAUUAUAUUCAGCUUCACACCGCGAAUCGCGUUAAAUAUCCUUCACAAUGGCUCAAGCGAUCAAGAGCGCUCUUCCCACCCACCUCAAGUCCCCCCUCGGCGGUCAGGGCAAGAGCGAUGAGGAGUUCAGCUCCCGCCACCACGGCAAGACGAGAUCCCACAUGGUACAUACUUUAUCCACCCUUUUCCUUCAGUGCAGCUUUGGACGGGGCAUGUCGAGUACCGCGACCAGCGCCUGCUUUGUCCCGAGACAGACAGAACACGGCCUUGUGCAGUUCAAGAACCGCCACACCUGCUAGCUUGUGUCACUUCUUCCAUGCCGAAUACCUGAAAUGUCGUACGACGCUUGGCUACUUGCUAUACCUUGACGACCGCGGCUAGGCCAGUCCCAAACGGCACCGUACAGCAUCGCCAAUGCGUGAGGCACCAAAUGCCUCCAACAACAUUUGCUGGCUUGACAUGGCUGAAGGAGACAAGCUGGGCGGUACGGUGUGCGCUGUUCUCUCCCCGGCCACAAGCUCCACGAUGCCGGUCAGGGGUAGCAGCAAGCUGGCCACAUUGGUCGCAGGGCCCCGCUGCGGAUCACUCGACGAUGGCUUCCAAGCAUUCUCCACUUUGAGAAGCUUCCAUCGCAGGACUUAGUCCCAUCUUCGUGAAUGCGCGGCUGACUUCAAAUCCAGGCUUUCGAGAACACUUCCACCAGCGUUGCUGCUGCCCAGAUGCGCAAUGCCCUCACCCAGCUUUCCGAGACUG